AUGUCUUCCAACAUGUUGCGGUACAAACCUCUCGAACAUCGAGAUUCUUUCCGACUCCUUCACCUCGAACCUAGCCCCAACCACAGCGCAGAUCUCAAGGGCUCGUUACAUCAUGCUACACUUUCUGAUUGUGACUAUGACCUGAUCGAACCUUACACCGCUUUAUCCUACGUCUGGGAUGAUGCAAGCCAGAGGGGAGUGAUAUUCCUAGGUGGUAGUGCCAAGGAUAUCACUGCCAGCUUGGACGCUGCUCUCCGGGACAUGCGCGACAAGGGUCGAGUUUGUCGGAUAUGGGCACAUGCUUUGUGUAUCGAUCAGUCAAACAAUGCUGAAAAAGGUUUACAAGUCGCGCUCAUGGGUAGGAUAUACUCUACUGCGCAUCAUACUGUAAUUCAUCUCGGCAAGUCGCCUCCGGGAUUUGAGAAAUUGUUCAUGGAUCUCAAGGCUCAAAGUCGGACCACGAUGCAUGCGAAUACUUCAGGUCUUGAGCAGCUUUCGUUGACAGCGGAUGACAUUGACGGUAUGCGACGGGACCUACUAUCGAAGCCAUGGUUCCGCAGAGUCUGGGUUUUCCAGGAGCUCGUGCUCUCCACGGAUGUCUGGGUUCAGUGCGAUAACCUGCGAAUCCGGUGGCAUCAUUUCUGCGAGGCUGUCGAUAUAAAGAGUGUCGUCUCUUAG